AGCGCAGAGUGCGAGUCCCGGUCAAUCAAAGACUCCUACUCUCGCCCUCUCAGAGUGCUCUUCGUCGAUUCCCUCAACUCCAGAACGUGUGUUUGAGCCUAGUCUUGAACCAUCCCGACAUUUACCCACAUUCCACAGCUCUAGUUAUAAUAAUAUCAUCCACAACCGCUCCACACGAACACAUCAUGGGCUCCUCGGACCCCAUACCAACCUUUGCCCCCCCUUCCGGCAUGCAUCCGCACCACGCCUCCACCAUCCAGAACAUCAUCGCCCGCCUCUUCCCCAUUCCAUCCGUCCUCGCCCUCAUCCUGUCGGGCUCCAUCGCCCACGGCUUCGCCACGGCCGAGUCGGACGUCGACGUCCUCGUGGUGCUGACGGAGGAGGCCUAUGCCGAGCGACAGCAGACGGGCGAGAUCAACUUCGUCGACGCCGAGGUCGCGACCUACCCGGGCGGGUUCGUCGAUGGAAAGUACCUGAGCCUUGGCUUUCUGCGGGAGGUGGCCGCGCGCGGGAGCGAGCCGGCGCGGUUCGCCCUCGAGGGGGCCGUCGUGCUGUUCGACAGGAUCGGGGGCGGCGCGCUCGAGGACGUGCUCCGCCGGGCCGUUCGCUACCCUGUCGAGGACAAGAGGGAGCGGGUGGUGCGGUUCCGCGCGCAGCUGGACGCGUGGCGGUGCUUCUGCGGCGAGGCCCGGCAGAAAGGCAACGCGUACUGGCUGGGGCUGGCGGCGACCAAGCUGGUCCUGUUUGGCGGGCGGCUGAUCCUGGCGGAGAAUGAGGUGCUGUAUCCCUACCACAAGUGGUUCCUGAGGGUGCUGGAAGGGGUCAAGGAGAAGCCCGAGGGGUUGAUGGAGGCCAUCAAGAGGCUGGUGGAAGAUCCGUCUGAGGAGAACGUGGAGGCGUUUUAUGAGUUGGUCAAGGGCUUUCGGGACUGGCCGCAGACUCCGAAUCGGUGGGGAGCGCAGUUUAUGAGGGAUACUGAGCUCACUUGGAUGAGCGGACAUGCACCAGUUGAUGAUCUGUGAUUCUGGGAACAACCGAGAGAGAGCUCGGAGCGAGCGGCUGGUGCGGGAUGUCGGUUGGAUAUUUCUAAUCUUCCCAAACUUUUAUUGUCGCUAUCGUGAUUGUUACUACAACGAGCUGAUUUAAUUGAGGUGUUUGACUUGAGACUGGCCGCCGACAAUCCACCUCCUGGAGCCUCCAGAUCAGCGAGCAAAUGGAGAUUUCUUUUGUUUGAGCAUGAACCUUGUGCACUAAGUUCCCGUUUCCUUGUCAACAAACGAACAGUUCCAGGGACGAUCAUUGGGCACAACCUCCAAGUAUUG